AUGGCGAGCACACGAAUGAUAGAUGUAGCAGUUAAUUUCACAGAUAGUAUGUUUAGAGGACUAUACAAUGGGAAGCAAUAUCAUGUAGCUGAUAUUCCAGCAGUGCUUAGCAGGGCUUGGAGUGCUGGCGUGGAUCGAAUUAUCGUGACUGGUGGCUCCCUUGAGGAAUCAAAAGAAGCUCUUGCUAUUGCAGAAACUGAUGCAAGACUUUUCUGCACAGUUGGUGUACACCCAACAAGAUGCAAAGAAUUUGAUGACAGUGGUGAUCCGGAUAAACAUUUUGAGGCUCUGGUAUCAUUGGCUAAAGCGGGAGUUGAGAAAGGCAAGGUGGUGGCAAUUGGCGAAUGCGGAUUGGAUUAUGACAGGCUUCACUUUUGCCCAUCUGAGUUACAAAAGAAGUACUUCGAGAAGCAAUUUGAAUUAGCAUGGGCCAUGAAGCUGCCAAUGUUUCUCCACAUGCGAGCAGCUGCCGAAGAUUUUUGCCACAUUCUUGAACGAAAUAAUCAUAGGUUCUGCUCGGGGGUUGCACACUCUUUUACUGGUAGUGCUGAAGAUCGUGACAGACUACUUUCAUUCAAUAAUCUUUUUAUAGGUGUAAAUGGCUGCUCUCUCAAGACUGCUGAGAAUCUGGAUGUUGUAAAGGGAAUUCCUGUUGAAAGAAUGAUGAUUGAAACAGAUUCGCCAUACUGUGAAAUCAAGAACACUCAUGCAGGGAUUAGUUACGUGAAAUCCUUGUGGCCUUCUAAGAAAAAAGAGAAGUACGAUCCAGACUCCACCGUCAAAGGUCGCAAUGAACCAUGUUUAGUACGGCAAGUACUUGAGGUUGUAGCUGGCUGUAAAGGCAUUGCUGACAUAGAUCAACUGAGCAAGAAGAUAUAUCACAAUACAUGCAGGGUUUUCUUCCCACACGAUUUGGACUCUGCAGCAGAUUCGCUUCUUGCUGGUGGUGACGACACCAUUUGA